AUGUCUCAUAUCUUUAACAAAGUCAAGGAUGCCGUGUCCGAGAUGGUUCAUGACGACACUGGUCACUCUGGCAGCAACAGCAACCAAUCCUAUAACAAUAAUGGGUCCACCAACAGCAACUACAACUCUGGUGUUAAUGAUAACAUCUCCAGCUCUGGCAACAACAAUUCCUUGCAGUCCGGCAACUACGGAUCCAAUGUGAACAGCCAGGGCAACUAUCAGUCCGAUAACUAUGGUGCCUCGAAUGCCUAUGGGCCUGACAGCAACAAUCAUUACAAGUCCAGCUCCAACAACUAUGGCUCUGACAACUAUAGCGCUGGUAAUAACUCCGGAUCUAACAACUCCGGAUCCAACACAAGCUCCUAUGGCUCCAACCGUAUCCAUAAUCAGGACUUUGGGGAUGGUCCUACUGGCAAUAGCAACUACAACAACAUGGGGUCUGACUCUGGCCAGUAUUAUUCCAAAGGCAGUCGCAAGAUCAACAGCGCUGGGCGCAAUAUCAGCUCCCAAUACCAGAGUGGCAGCGACACGAUUAACAGCAUGCGAGGCAACCAAUACUGA